GUUGAGGCUUUUGGUCUUGGCAGCACGUAUCUUCGGCUUGAAAUGAACGCAUGCCCAUGCGACUUGGCUUACUUCUUGGCCAGAUUUAAUCCGACUUGAUGCAAACCAGAGACUUGAAAUGCAUGUAAAGCAAUCACGUCCUUUAUUUUGGCUGUGCGUCUCAUGUACAACAUUCGGACUUCUAUGUAGCUUUUUCGCUUUGAUCCUUCCGUAUUGGUACGCAAGAUUCCCGCAGUCGAAAAAUCGAUUUUUGAGCUUGGGUCUGUGGGAAAUAUGUUUGGAGAAGUUUAUGCCUGAUGAUUUGGGCAAUGCCAUGUACGAUGGCUGCUUCUCACUGUACGACUGGCAUGUAAAACCAUUGUGGCCUAUAAUCUGGCGGAGUAAGUUUAAUUCUUGUUGGGCCAUGUCAUUUAUUUUAUAUCUACAUAGCUUGGUUUGUAGUUUGCCAGGCCUUUGCCACGUGCAGUUUCAUUGCAAUCCUCUUGGCAGAAGUGACCCUCGUCGCACAAGCAUGUCGUUUGACCUCGCAUCGUGGACCUCGUGCGGUCCUUUUUGUGAUGAUUGUAUGCGGUAUCUCUUGCUUGUGCAUUCUCAUCAGUCUCAUCACAAUGGGUGUCGGCGUGGACGACGAGAGCAAACGGGUGCCUGUGUUGGAGCGCAACUGGUUGCAAGGCCUAGAUCAGUGUACUUUGUCGUGGUCCUAUGGUUUAACCGCUGUGUCGUUCCCGGGCUGUUUCCUGACUCUAGUUGUCCUGUGCUGGUUUGUUUACCCAAAGCGGUCUACCACGGGACUCCUUUCCGUAGCCGCCUGGGAGUGGCCUACAGUCAACGAUUGGACAUGUCGCUACCAUCUUAAUGACCUGCGCACGUCUGGUAGUCGCUCAUAUUCCAAUCCUUCCCGUUCCAUGGCGUCUUCGGGUGAGGAACGCACCCGGUCUGGUGUUAGCGAACCGGAACCAGCCGCACGACCUACCCUUACUUUUCGCCAACCUUUGGUCUCUGCGACACCAUCGGUUUCCCAUUCACGAUCACAUCAUCCGGGCCGUACAGAGUAUCGUUACAUCCAGACAGCACCAACGUCUGCUUUAACGGGUGAUAUGUUAUCUCCCAAUGUUGGAAAAUUGAGCAGCUACGAUCCACGGUCACCAGACACGGUUUCCCUUUUGUCCUAUGAGCAACCACCUCCCGUCGGACGGUUGCAAAGUCCUUCAAACACUGUGGAAGAACAGUCAUCCAUUCGAACUGAAGAUUCCAACACUAGGACCUUCCUACCCACGAGCCGUUCGUAUCGAAAUGGGAUACCAGUGCAGGAGGACAUUGGUGAUUGGCGUAGGCUACCAAGUCCUCAUCAUUCUAGUGUGGCUACGGAAACCCUUCACGGCUCUGCCGCUGUGAUGCCUUCGCCGGGACAGCAGCCAAAGUUUAUGUCAUCACACAGUGCUCUGGAUACUUCGAUUUGGACCGUGAAUUCGCUUUUUUCGUCCUAUUCACCCCAAAAGUCCACAAUUCAAGCUGCUCGCCCCAUGAGGCGAACCGGUGAUUCGGGCGAGAAAGCCUCCAAGAAGAAAUCCAAACGGCUGGAUACCUCAACAUCGCCUAGCAAAAGAAAAGUUGAAGAUGAUGUGUACUCUGGAUGUCAGAAGACAGAGGUAUUAGACAAAUUUGUUUACCUGGGCAGUUGUAUCAGUCCCGGUGGUGUCGCCAGAGAUGAUGUUUUCAUCCGGAUUGGGAAGGCCAGAGCAGCUUUGGUGAACCUGCGUCACCUGUGGCGUAGGCGUGACAUUAGCUCCUCCGUCGAGGGUCGGGUUUACAAUGCUGCGGUGCGCUCCAAUUAA